AUGUCCCCCAUCAAUCUCCCCAUCUCGCACCUCUCCGAAGGACUAACCAUAGACACAUUCUACCGUCUGCUCACCCAAUUCCUCCUCGACCCGCGUCUCAUCUUCCUCCUGACCUUCCUUCGCACACGAGCGCUAGAUCAAUCCCCUUCGAACGUACUUCGACUCGUCUGGCAACGUCAAGCGGACACGCUCACAAGUUAUUUGGUGGGGUGUUUGGGGUUGAGUUGGUUGUUAUGGGUUAAUGGAACGUUGAGUCAUGCGAGUCGGAAUAAUUGGGUUUUAGGACGCGGAAGUAAGGCCGGCAAGUGGGGGUGGGAUCAAGGGGGUGAGAACGCCGAGGUGGUGCUUAUUACCGGGGGUACGUAAGCUAGGCAUGAACUCAUGCGUUCCGGAAGAGCUGGAUCUACGGUCCGAGUGAGGGGGCGCUGAGACUUGUUGUUCAUGUUCCGUGUAGGCUCAGGAUCAGUAGGUAUGGAAAUGGUGCAAGGUUUCGGCGAUUUGACCAAAGCCAAAGUCGUCGUUCUUGAUGUCGUGGAACCGAAAGGGGGACCCUGUGAGUCAGGAACAACGCAGUAGGUCUUUUUUUUUGGUGUACUGAGUAAGGGAUGGCGUAUCGUGUUUUUUUUGGUACCUCCCAGUCCCUAAUAUGACUUUCUAUCACUGCGACCUCGGUUCCCCCGAGGAGAUCAAGAAAGUGUGCGAAACGGUCGUGGACGAGGUUGGACAGCCGUGAGUAUUUGAGGCUGCCAUCAUAAUUCAUAAAAAACUCAACGAGGGAAUUGUGAUAACAGUUCGGUCUUGAUCAAUAACGCCGGGGUCGUUCGCUCGGUCUCGAUCCUCAAUUCGACGACUCGGGACGUCGAUCUGUAAGGCUGGUCGGUGACUGCCUUCUCGCAUUGCGGAAUGCUAUGAAGCUAAUCUUGAAAUAUUUGUGUGCCUACCAGUACGUACGACAUCAACGUCAAGUCGCACUACUACACCGUGCAGGCGUUCUUGCCGGGGAUGAUCAAGGCGGGCAAAGGGCACAUCGUCGUGCGUACUCCAGCCCCUUAUAUCGAGUCAAGCUUUCUCGGACUGAUGCUGAGGAUCGAUUCAUGCUUAGACAAUUGCGUCGAACACGGCCUACAUCCAAGCCGCCAAAGGCGUCAGCUGUACGUCCCAUGCUCAACGCCUCUUCGCUCACUCUGACAAAACAUCCUGACCCUUUUCUAUUGCCCCCCCCCCCCCCCCCCCCCCCCCCCUCCCCCCCCUCACCUCCCUCAAAAGACGCCGCGUCCAAAUCCUCCACGCUCUCCUUCCACGAAGGUCUAACCGAAGAACUACGCCAUCUCUACGGACCUUCAGCCCGAUCGAUCCGCACGAGUGCCAUUUUGCCCGGUCAUAUUCGAGGACCGAUGUUUGAGGGAUUCGAUGCGGGUAUGCCGCGUUGGUUGAUGCCGAGUUUGCAGCCGCGGACGGUCGCGCGUUUGGUGGUGAGGUGUGUGAUGAGUGGGGAGUCACAGGUGAGUUCUUGUCUGGGGUGUUGGGAUGUUUGGUGGGAGAUCGGAGAGAGGGGCUGGUCUCAUGCCAUUGGGGGCUCUCGGCUGAGACCCCUAAAACAUUUGUUGUGCAGUUUGUCAUUGAGCCUUUGUACGCCAAGACAUUACCUUUGGUCCGUGCUCUACCGACGUGGUUGGGCGAUGUGUUGUAUGGGUCAGUUCGAUACCUUCCUUCCACUUCUAUUCGAGUCGUUUUUCCGUUGCGCGCGCUGACACGACCGACCAGAACUCCUUCCUUCGCCCGAGCAGCUUGGCCAAGAAUUCAUUGGCGCAGGUGCAGCUCGAUCAGGAUGGGAAAAAAGUGCAGUAA